AUAAUAAUAAGAGGGCCGCCUUCAUGGAGUUGGUCAAGAAUUGGGUCGGCGAAAACCCCGAUUUCAAGGCCGUGAGCGACCGGAACAAGGCCAACCGUGGGAAUCAGGGAACACACACUGCGGGGAGCAGCAGCACCGAUCGCUAUCGGGAGCGUCUGGGGAAGAAGCUCGGGAGGGAACUUGGUGAGAUGGAAGCGUGGACGCACAUGAAGCUGGUGACGCCCCGUCCGAACGAGCCUCGGCCCGCGCCUGAGAUGUACUACGGCAAGGCCAAAGAGAACAAGGAAAGAUACUGCGAGGAGUACGCCAAGCUCCAUCCAGAGGUGGAGGACCCUAUGACCGAGCCGGUCGACGAGGUGGCGAUGAUGCUGGCGGGGUCCGGCCAGCCGCAUGGACGUCCUGCCUGCCUUGCUGGGGGUUUCAAGCCUCAGAGGAACUUCACGCAGAUCAAGGCUACCCUCCCCUCCGGCAGCUACGCUACCUCCUCGCGGACUACAUGCCGUUCUCGGGUAGAGGUUGAUGUAAGUCAUCCACACUUUCAUCCUCUGUUUUGACUCUUGUUCCUGAAUGGCUAUGUUGAUGAGACGCAUUAUUUCUGAAAUUGUAGACUCAGCUCGAGGAGGCCUAUGCAGUAGCUUACGCGGAGUAUCUCGAGAAGAUUAAGGAGCAUGACCUUGUGAAAGAUGCCUAUGUCCAGUGGACGAGCAACCAGAUGGCGAGUUUCACUCGGUUCAUGAUGACUGGAGUGCGAGAGGAACCACUCCCAGAGCCACCUCAUCCGGGGCCGACGCCAGUGUUCCCGUCCAAGGAGGAGUUCUAUAUCAUGUACAAGCGUCAGCGUCAGUUGACCCCGGGAUUGGGAGAAUCCGGGAACGACACUCCUUGUGGUACGCCGAUGCACCCCGGUCGCCAUUCUCCUGGUGCUUCUGCCGAACCUCGGCAUUUUUCUGGUUCCGGUGGCUCUCGUCGUGGUUCUACCUCCCCGAGCACCGUCGAGAUACAGCGGCCUCACUUCACCCACUCGGAGCUAGAUCGUCUGUAGCUAGAUCGUCACUCGGGUGGUGCACCACCAUAGUUUCUACAUUGUACUAGCUACAUGACACAUGCUAUAUGUGUAGAAUGAUCUAUGUAGGAUGACUAUAUGUACCGUAUUGCUUGUGUGCUAUAUUUGUACUAAAUUUGGGAUUUGGUGCCAUAUUUGUGCUAU